UUUGAAUAAGCUAUUAUAAGGGUGAAGUUGAAGCCUUUAUUGAGGCUUAGUUUGGAACCCCUCAAGUCGAUGUUAGGUAUAUAAAUGAUGGUUCAAAACAGUGUUCUCUCAAUCCUUGAUGGAGUGUGCCAUCAAUUUAUGAUGGGUUGAGCUUUGACUACGGUUUGGCUGAGGUGUAACCAUAGUUGUAGAAGUUAUGGACAGGAAUACUAAUACUAUUAGUUUUGUUCUAGGUACAUCCAGCUUUUACUAACCAUCCUAUACUUUUAUUCUUGAAAAUAUUUGUCAAGCUUCACGGGUAUUUUAUUACCUGUUGUAUAAAUGCACAUUAUCAAGCAUCAUGGGUAUUUUAUUUCCUGUUUUUUAUCCCUCAAGUUACCGUAGUAUUAUAUCUUUUAUAAAAAUAUUGAAAGACUUUUGCUGAAUUUUCUCGGUGCUGAAAGGUUAUUUGAGGUUUUUCACUGAGAUCAUCCUGGUCACUAUUUAUUUUUUAGAGUUUGUAACCAUAAAGUAUUGCUUUUCCGUGUGUACACACACACAGUUCUAUUGGGGAUGGUAGUACGAGAACAAAUAUUUUUGUUGGACUUUAACAGAAUAUUUGAAUGCCACACACAUUUUUGAGCUUUGCAUACUUUUGCCUGAUUGUAUGACACUUUCAGAACUUUCCACUCAUGUUAUACAUGUUUCUAGCAAUUGAGAUUUGAGAGGAAGGAGAUGAAAAAUGACCUACAGAUGCAAGUGGAAGAGUUCCUUCAAAGCUUUAUUUAUCAUUCCACCCUAUCUACAGUAUUCAGAGAAUGCUUGCACCUUGUAUUUGUAUCUUUCUUAUGUCUAUCAGUCUAUGCAUAUGUCCCUAGAAAGAGGAGAUUUUUCUGCACUCAUAUUGAAACUCCUAAGGAAGUGCAAUGUAUGCUUCUCCAUCUGAUCUGUUUCUGUAUGAGUCUCAACUCGGUGAUAUCCAGCUUAAUGAGUGCUUGAAUAAUUACCUCCUUUGUCUCCCUACAGCAGCAUAGCUGAAAGUUUUAUGCAGGUUUAUAUGGCACAAACUGCUGGUAAUUUUGCUCUUGGUCAUUGGAUUACCAUCAACUAGGAGAUUUAGGGAGACAACAUGCCCCUUAUCUACAGUGAUUAAGGUAGUAGAAAGAAAAUGGAGCCCGGUAAUGUUCUGAGGUAACUUUUUUUGAAAGUAUAUGUUUUAGCCAAGAUUCAUGGGUGUGAGAGAGCUUUAACGAAGAUGAAGAGCGGGUGUUCUUGCAGAGAAUCUUUGGAGAUUCGGGUGCUGGUGUUUCUUUUGUUCGAUAUUGUUUUUGGGCUGCUUCGAGCAAUCAGUGAUUAUCUGUUAGCAAGUUACUCUUCUCAAGUGGUGAUAAAGAUUUGUAGAGCGGAGCUUGAUUUUCAUAUCCCAUGGCAUCCGUGUAACUACUCUUGUUCUGAUGAUUACAUCUGAUGGGAAUUGGGAUAAUGCUGAUUGUGGAGCUGCUCAACGUUGAUUGAAUUUUAUGCUUGCUGAUGUGAAUUGGUCUACAGCAGUAUAAAAGAUUUCAAGAAUAUCUUGAUGUUGCCUGCUUUGAUCGGCUGAUUAUAUGCUGUUCUUGGACUAGGGCUAGUUGGCUAAUAUCUUUAUGUCUGCAGGUUGUCCUUUAGUUGCCUCGAAUAGUUACCUUGUGGGGUCAACUUGAGAUAUAAAAUGGGGGCUCUAUCCAAUCAAUCCGAGUCACGUGAUGUUCAAGGGUCGACAGAGCUGGUUGAAUUAAUUGAUAAAGACUGCAAUAUCCCAACUUCACCUACAUCUUGCAAGUCCUCUGAUGAAGAUUGCAUGUCGACGGAAGAAAUGAGAAACAAUCUAGAUGCUGCUGCUUGUGAGACAUUGGAAAGGGGACAUAUGGAGUAUGGGUGUUCACAUUAUCGACGAAGAUGCCGCAUUCGAACUCCUUGCUGCAAUGAGAUAUUUGAUUGCCGACAUUGUCACAAUGAGGCAAAGAAUUCUAUUGAUGUUGAUAGGAUGCAUAGACAUGAACUUCCACGUCAUGAAGUGCGACAGGUUAUAUGCUCAUUGUGUGGAACUGAACAAGAGGUUCGGCAAGUGUGCAUCAAAUGUGGUGUUUGUAUGGGAAAGUACUUCUGCAAUACUUGCAAAUUAUUUGACGAUGAUACCUCAAAGCAGCAAUAUCACUGUGAUGGCUGUGGAAUCUGCAGAAUUGGAGGGCGAGAAAAUUUCUUCCACUGUUAUACUUGUGGUUGUUGCUAUUCAAUUCUUUUGAAAAAUAGCCAUCCAUGUGUGGAGAGAGCAAUGCAUCACGAUUGUCCUGUGUGCUUUGAGUAUCUGUUCGAAUCAACGGAAGGUAUAGCGGUACUUCCUUGUGGCCACACCAUUCACAUGAGUUGUUUGAAUGAAAUGCAAGACCAUCUGCAGUAUGCUUGUCCCCUUUGUUCUAAGUCGGUUUAUGACAUGUCAAAAGUAUGGGAGACGCUGGACACUGAAAUAGCAGCUACACCGAUGCCGGAACUUUAUCAUAAUAAAUUGGUUCAGAUCCUAUGUAACGACUGUGGAGCUAUGUCGAAAGUCCGAUAUCAUGUGGUUGCUCAGAAGUGUCUCAACUGCAAGUCAUAUAACACCCGCCUGAUGUAAUCCGGAGUGCUGAAGGUCGGGACACAUUAUUUCUCGAUGUUCAAUUACUGGGCGGUCAUUUUCCUGGGCAUUUGGAAUGAUCGAUUGCUGGUUUCGAAAAGGCGAGGCAGUGAGCUGUCCAGUAAUCUGAGGGCGGGGAUGCUUUUCAGAAAGGCGAGGCUCUGGCUAUUUGGAGAUCACAUCUUCUAUGUGUAGAUAAACCAGCAGACUUUGUUUUUUGUGCUUCAGAUACUCUUUUGAUUACCACUCUAUAUAUAGAACUCAAAUGUCGGGUAAUAAUGUUUAAAUCGUAAAGUCAUCAAAAUUGCUAUUCGAUCUUCAAAGUCU